GUGCAUAAACAUUACAUGCGAGGAAGCACCGCUGUGUAUCCCAGCAGCUCCACAGCUGCAACAAGGAGGCAGACUGGAGGAGGAACAAACAUGGCGACCGGCUAUGCGUGGUUUCUUGUGCUGGGGUCGGUGUUUCUGUGUAAUCUCAUGAAAACACUCCUGCCGUCCAUAUCCUCUUUCCUCUCAAAGAUGGUGCAGAAAGAUGCUGAGCAGGAGAGUGAGAUGAGGGCUGAAAUCCAGGAGAUGAAGAAGGAGCAGUCCUCCAUUAGCAUGAUGGAUGAGUUUGCUAGAUAUGCCAGGUUGGAGCGCAAAAUCAACAAGAUGACAGACAAGCUGAAAACACACGUGAAAUCCAGAACAGCACAACAAGCCAAAAUGAAAUGGGUUGUAAACAUUGUGUUUUAUAUACUGCAGGCUGCUGUGAUGAUCUCUUUGAUAUGGAAGUAUUACUCUGAUCCAGUGACGGUGGUCCCCAGCAAAUGGAUUGCCCCUGUGGAGCGUCUUGUGGCCUUCCCAACAGGAGUGGCAGGUGGAGUGGGAAUCACAUGCUGGUUGGUGGUUUGCAACAAAGUAGUUACACUGGGUCUCCAUGCUGUCAGCUAGAGGCUCCAGUUCAAUAUACCGGUUCAAUACACUGGUUUUCUAACCUAUUGCUCAACUUAUUGCUCAAGCCACAGUUUUUUUUUGUCUUUUUUGUAUCAGCUCCUUCAGGGCAACAUGUAAAAAAUGCAGAGCAUUUUGUUUGUCUCAUGUUGCAAUGUAAUAUUUUGGUGAUUAAUUUUGUUAUUUCCUGGUAAUUCUAAGUUAAUUUUAAGUUAAUUGUAAAGAUGUUUUGACUGUAUAUUAUUUAAAAACGAUGUGGUGGUGUUGAAAUGCCUUUUUAAGAAAAGACAAUAAAAGAAAAGCUUUUAUUUCUUGUAAUGUUAUAAAUAACAAAAACGAGUCAGGUAUUUUUUUUUAUGUUAAAUGGAUUAGAUUAAUUAGACUGUGUAGGUCUUGGGUCGAAAAAUCAUUUAUUCAGAGAGAUACUCAAGUACAGUUAAAAUUUCCUCAUCCAGUUUUCCUGUCUAUGGCAGCUAUAAAAUAUAGAUGUAUAGACAUUUUUGCCCUCGGCCAUGUUUGUUCUGUACUUGGAUGGAAGGGCUCCUCUGCAGCCUACUCUUUCUCCCUUCACUCACACUGAGGACUGUCCUCUCUGCCUCUUCUGGAUUUCCCAGCUGGUAGAUGAAGUUCCUUAAUCCCACUGUGGAGGCUCUCCACCCUCAUCGUGCUCUGGGUGCUUUCACAGGGAGUCAAGUCCACAGUGCUGUAGGCAGGUCUUCCACUGUGCAGGUUCUCAGUAGAUUGUGAGAAGGUGUAGUUACGUAUGAUUUUCGAGAGCCUGUGUCCUUUUCUCUUAGGUUCAGUGGCAUUCAGAGACUUUUCUAAAAUGUAGGACACCUCGCUUUCAUGUUCCUCUGUUUCCUGCUCUUCCUCUGACACCUGUGGGGCCUCUGUUGCCUUAUUAUCUUCAGCACAGUCUCCCUCAGUUUGAUCUUCUAAGCUCUCUUCUGAAAGGCUGUUCUGCUCACUGGUGUCUGAAAAUAAAUAAAGUGCUUUUUUGAAAAAGUACUGAAUGACCAAAUAGCAAAA